AUGGGCCGCCACGCCCGCCUACUUUGGCUGCUGUUCUUCCAUGGUGUGAUUCUACCUGAAGCAGCUUGCUACAGGAGGGACAUCAGAGGAUCUGGAGCAAAGUUGGGGAAGGAAAGGCCUAAGAGAACCAUUCAAGACAUGUCUGUGGAAGAGCAAGAAGGGAACGGCCAGGAGCCAGUGGCGAGGCCCCAAGGUGAUGGAAAUUCAGCAACCAUAUUAUCAGUUCUGCCUGCUGCCAUCUCAACUCAACCAUCUUCUAAACUUGCCUCGAGUUCCUCUGCAUCAGUUCUUCCUGUGGUUGACUCAGCACCUGCUAGUCGAAGAGCGCAUGUGCCCAGGCUCAGCCUCCAAGGUGCUGACGGCUCACCAGACCACACUCCAGCAACAGAUCCCGAGUCAUCCAAACCAUCAGGAGGCUGGGUCCCUGUGCGGCUGGCAGGCAACCAUGGGAGAUGUGCAGGCCGUGUAGAACUCUUCUACCAGGGAGUCUGGGGGACUGUGUGUGAUGACCUCUGGGACCUCCCAGAAGCAAACAUCAUCUGUAGGCAACUGGGGUGUGGCUGGGCUGUUUCAGCCCUGAGUGAAGCUUACUUUGGGGAAGGUUCUGGGAAGAUUCUCCUUGACAACGUGCGUUGCAAGGGACAUGAAGAGCACCUGGAGGAAUGCUCCCACAUUGGCUGGUUCUCCCACAACUGUGAUCACAGUGAAGACGCCAGUGUCAUCUGUUCAGAUGCCCCAUUUGCUGCCAUGAAAGAAGAAACAGUGGUUCCAGGAAGAUCUCCUUGUGGUGGUGUUAUUACCAAUGCUCCUGGAAAAAUUAAGAACCCCCCAAUGAGUGAAAUGCAUGACAACAUAACCUGUGUGUGGGAAAUCAGGGCAAAUGCCUCUGACCGUGUAAGACUGGCAUUCCCGUCUCUUGAACUUGACUGCACCAAUGAGUAUUUUGAAAUCCUGGAUGGCCCUCCAUCUUCCACGGAGUCCCUGGGGAAGCCCUGCAGUGGGCUGCACAUCACCUUUGCAUCCCACUCCAGCUCAAUGACCCUUGUGUAUUUCCGAGGCAUGAACAACAUUGGGAAAAAUUUCAUGGCUUAUUAUUAUUUUGAAGCCAAAGAGAUGACAUCGAAGACCCCAUAUUUGAUCACCAUCCCCACAGCAACUUCCAAGACAGUAACAGAAAGACCAAGGGACUGGCCAGAGCUGCGGCUGGUGGGCGGCUCCAAUCGGUGCUCAGGGCGUGUGGAGAUCCUCUACCAGGGAGUCUGGGGCACCGUGUGUGAUGACCUGUGGGACCUGAAUGAAGCUGAGGUCGUAUGCAGACAGCUGGGGUGUGGCCAGGGUGUGUCUGCCCUUGGCAAGGCCUACUUUGGCCCUGGUUCAGGAGAUAUCUUCCUAGACAACUUCCAGUGUGCUGGGGUGGAACACUUCCUGGGCCAGUGUGCCCAUUCGGGCUGGAAAGACCACAACUGUGGCCACCAUGAGGAUGCUGGUGUCAUCUGCUCAGAUGCUGAAAAACCUCUGUUGGAUGUUCCAGGAGACUGGCCAGAGCUUCGCUUGGUUGGUGGCUCCAACCCAUGCUCAGGACGAGUGGAGGUCCUUCACCAGGGAGUCUGGGGCACUGUGUGUGAUGACUUGUGGGGUUCAAAUGAAGCUGAGGUUGUAUGCCGCCAGCUAGGGUGUGGUCAGGCUAUUUCUAGUCUUGGAGAGGCCUACUUUGGCCCAGGCUCAGGAGACAUCUUCCUUGACAACCUUCAGUGUUCUGGAAUGGAGCACUACCUUGGCCAGUGUCCACAUUCAGGAUGGUCGGAACACAACUGUGGUCACCAUGAGGAUGCUGGUGUCAUCUGCUCAGAUUCAGAUGGCCUCCCUCCACCCAUGCCGCCAGGUCCUCCUCCAGUUUCUCAGGAUCCAAUAACAGGAGGAAGUAACUCUUGUGGAGGGGUCAUUUCCAGUCUCUCUGGUUCAUUUUCCAGUCCACGGUACCCAGAAAACUAUCCAACAGACAUCCAAUGUGUUUGGGAGAUCCAUGUGGAGAAAAACUUCCGCAUAGAGCUUAUGAUUCCGAAUUUAAACCUGGAAGAUAUCCUUGGAUGUCCCUAUGACUCAAUUGAGAUCUUCGAUGGCCCCAGAAUUGCAUCACUCUCCAUGGGGAAGUUCUGUGCCCCAUCAGCUGUGGUAUUUUUCUCCUCCUCGGACAUCUUGACAGUGGUGUUCCGAAGCGAUUAUAUGACAACAAAUACUGGGUUUUAUGCUUUUUUCAAUGCAAUUUCACAAGAUGAAAGUGAGUCAGAAGACCGACCAGUGCUGCGGCUGGCAGGCAGCUCCGGACAGUGCUCAGGACGCGUUGAGGUCCUCCAUCAGGGGGCCUGGGGCACCGUGUGUGAUGACUUGUGGGACAUGAAUGAAGCUGAGGUCGUGUGCAGACAACUGGGGUGUGGCCAUGCCAUCGCUGCUCCUGGAAGUGCCUACUUUGGCCCAGGCUCUGGAAACAUCCUCCUGGACAACAUUCAGUGUUCAGGAAAGGAGAACCACUUUGGCCAGUGCCCCAGCUCUGCCUGGUUAGACCACAACUGUGGCCACCAUGAGGAUGCUGGAGUUAUCUGCUCAGAUGCAGAGGUGACUCCUUCACCCACAGAAGGAAGUAAUUCUUGUGGAGGAGUAAUUUCAAGUCACUCGGGCUCCUUCUCCAGUCCCUGGUAUCCUACGAACUACCCCACUGACAUGGAAUGCGUCUGGGAGAUACAUGCGGCUGAGAAGUUCAACAUAGAGCUGACGAUCCCAAGCCUGAAGCUAGAAGACAUCUACGGGUGCCCUUAUGACUUUGUCGAAGUGUUCGAUGGAAAGCAGGUUGCUGCACUGUCCAUGGGCAAAGUCUGUGCUGGGGCAGAACUCACAUUCCUCUCCUCUUCAAACUCCAUGACAGUGGUGUUCAAGAGUGACGCCAUGAUCACCAACACAGGGUUCUAUGCUCUGUACAACACUGUUCACCAAGAUGAAAAGCAGGAUGGUAUGGCCUUGAGACUGGUGAACGGCAGCCACAGGUGUGAGGGCCGAGUCGAGAUCUCUUACAAUGGUACCUGGGGUACAGUGUGUGACGACAGCUGGGACCUGACAGAUGCCAGGGUGGUGUGCCAGCAGCUGGGCUGUGGUAAGGCCUUGUCAGCCCCAGCUGAGAGCUACUUUGAUAGAGGCGUGGGCCAUAUCAUGCUGGACGAUGUGCAGUGCAUGGGGGAUGAAGCCAAGGUGUGGCAAUGCACACACCACGGAUGGUUCUCCCACAACUGUGGGCACCAUGAGGAUGCCAGCGUGGUCUGCUCAGGUGCUGAUGACACACCAAGCCGAGGACCAGCAGAUGAAAAUGUCCAGUGUGGUGGUUUGCUCGCAAAUAGUUCAGGCUCCUUUUCCAGUCCUUGGUAUCCUAAAAAAUAUCCCACCAAUGUGGUAUGUGCCUGGGACAUACGAGUGGAUACUAGUGCUCACAUCAGACUCACCUUUGAAGUGGUCAAGAUGGAAAACUUCUAUGGCUGCCCUUACGACUUCAUUGAGAUUUUUGAUGGCCCACAAAGUGAAUCAUUUUCACUGGGGAGAUUCUGUUCAGAAACAAUCCCUGUAUUUACAUCUUCUUCGAGCCACAUGAGUGUGGUGUUCCACAGUGACGACAUUGUCACCAACAUUGGAUUCUAUGCAUCUUAUGAGUCUCUGUUACAAGAUGAGAAAGACAGAGAUGUGGCACUCAGACUGGCCAAUGGCAGCCACCCAUGUGAAGGCCGCGUGGAGCUCUACUACAACAGCAGCUGGGGUACUGUGUGUGACGACAGCUGGGACCUGAGAGACGCCCAGGUGGUAUGCCGGCAGCUGGGCUGUGGUGGAGCUGUGGCAGCCGCUGGCCGAGCACAUUUUGAGCGAGGCCUAGGCCCCAUUGUCCUUGAUGAUGUGGAGUGUAUGGGAACGGAAGCCAGACUGUGGCAGUGUCUGCACGGUGGCUGGUUUGCCCACAACUGUGGCCACCAUGAGGAUGCUGGUGUCAUCUGCUCAGCCUCUCUGUCUCACCCAGCACCGUCAUCUCCCGUGAGUGAUACGAUUUCAGCAUCAUUGGUAAAGCAGCCAGAGGUGUCCGCAUCAACAGGUCUGGACCUGCGGCUGGUGAACGGGACAAGCAGGUGUGAGGGCCGAGUUGAGGUGUACUAUGCCAACACCUGGGGGACCGUGUGUGACGACAACUGGUCCAUAGAGGAUGCCCACGUGGUCUGCAGACAGCUUGGCUGUGGUCCAGCUUUAUCUGCCCUGCCAGGCACCAGUUUUAGCCCUGGGUCAGGCAGCAUCCUCCUUGAUGAUGUCAACUGCACAGGAAAGGAGUCUUCCUUGGCACAGUGCCCUCACAGCAACUGGCUCACCCACAACUGUGGGCACCAGGAAGAUGCUGGUGUCAUCUGUUCAGAUUCUGCAGCUGCCGGACAUCCAGCUACUUCAGCUCCUGAGGGACAUCCACAUGGUUUCCAUCCAAUAGAUCUGCAGCUGGUGAGACUGGUCAACGGGAACAGCCAGUGUGAGGGCCGCGUAGAAGUCUACUUCAAUGGGACCUGGGGGUCUGUGUGUGAUGAUCUUUGGAGCAUACAGGCCGCCCAAGUGGUAUGUCAACAACUGGGCUGUGGGGUGGCCCUGGCGGCCCCCAGGAGCAGUCUGUUUGGCGAUGGCUCUGGCCCCAUCUUCCUAGACGAUGUGAAGUGCUUGGGCACAGAGACCAACCUAGGGCACUGCCGCCACCUCGGCCUGUCUGUGCACAACUGUGAUCACCAUGAGGAUGCAGGAGCCAUCUGCUCAGGACUAACCUCUGAGUCUUCCCCAGGCCAGCUCAUGAUCAGGUUGGUGGAUGGAAAGAACCGCUGUGAAGGCAGAGUGGAAGUCCACCACAAUGGCACAUGGGGCACUGUUUGCGAUGACCUUUGGGGAAUCGAGGAUGCCCAUGUGGUAUGCCGGCAGCUGGACUGUGGGGAGGGUGUCAGCGCCCUUGGGAGUAGCCACUUUGGAGAGGGCAUGGGGAGCAUCUUCCUGGACGACGUGCAGUGCCAGGGCAGUGAGACCUCGCUAGGCCAGUGCCACCACCAAGGCUUGUCUGUCCACAACUGUGGCCACCAUGAAGACGCCAGUGUCAUCUGCUCAGCAUCAGCCACAGAAAUGACAACGUCACCCGGUAAUAUUUCUUUCUUUACUGUUUUCUCUAAAACAGUUCCUACCUCAAAUCCAGCUGCAGCUUUUGUCCUUGCAACUGACAUCGCUCCCACUCCAGUAGAAGUAACUCCUUCCCGUGAUAACGGCCUCUGCCCGCCACAGUGCACAGACACAUCUUCAACCUCAACAGAAUCAAACCCUCUGAAUGAUGCAGCUUCGGUCUCAGCAGAAGAGGAGACACCCUCUGACAUUUCUUCAACCUCAGUAGAAACAAGUUCUUCAAAUGAUGCCUCUUCAGCCUCAGCAGAAGAUGCCUCCUCUGAUACAUCUUCAUCCUCAGUGGAAGUGAAGAGUGGAGAGACAACUGGUAAAGCAUCUUGUUCUCUGGAUUUAUACACAGAUGCAUCUUCAGCCUCAGCAGAAGAUACCUCCUCUGCUAUUUCCUCAAAUUCAGCAGAAGCGAGCUCUUCAACUGAUGCUUCUUCAGUCUCAGUGGAAUCAAGCUCUCCAUCUGAUGCAUCUUCAACCUCAGCAGAAGAGACUUCUUCAGAUGCCUCUUCAGUCUCCACAGAAGAUACCUCCUCUGAUACUUCUUCAGUCUCAGCUGAAUCCAGCUCUCCAAAUGAUAUGUCUUCAACCUCAGCAGAAGGGAAGAGUGGAGAGCGAAGUGAUGCAUCUUCAACCUCUGCAGAAGAGACAUCUUCUGAUAUGUCUUCAACCUCAGCAGAAUCGAGUUCUAAAACUGAUACAUCUUCAUCCUCAGCAGAAGAGACGAGCUCCUCUGAUACUUCUUCAACCUCAGCAAAAGCGAGCUCUCCAAAUGAUAGUUCUUCAACCUUAGCAGAACCGACUUUUCUAAGUGCCACAGUUCCAACUUUGACAAAAGUGACCCUGCCACCUGACUUGCCUCUGCGCCUGGUAGGCGGGCGAAACCGCUGUGAGGGCCGGCUGGAGGUGCGGCACCAGGGGGUGUGGGGAACCGUAUGCGACGAUCGCUGGAACAUCAAGAAUGCCCGAGUUGUGUGCCGCCUCCUGGGCUGCGGCCAUGCGCUGGGCGCCCCUGGCAGAAGCCACUUUGGGGCAGGCACAGGCCCCAUCCUGAUGAAUGAAGUGCGCUGUUCCGGCAGAGAGGACUCUCUGGAGAGCUGUGCCCACGCUGGCUGGAUAAGGCACAACUGCCACCACUAUGAGGAUGCCAGUGUGGUCUGCGCAGGUCCAGCUGACUCUCUUGUGCCCCAGGAUAACGCUCAGCUGUCUUGUUUGCCUCACCUCUUCCAAGCCGUCAUUGACCGAGGCUACCUCCGGAGAUUAGGCUACUCCUCCUGGGACAUCCACUUAAAUGAUAAGAUGUGUCGCCCCCAAGUCACCGGGCGUUACCUCAUCUUCAAUAUUCCUUAUGGCCACUGUGGCACCAUGAGGCAGGAGCAUCAAGGCUCUCUCAGCUACUCUAACUCCAUCAGAGGCAGAACGCAAGGCCACCCUGGCCGAGUCAUUGUGAGGCACAAGGUGCCCCAGGUGAAGUUCACCUGCAAAGUGGAUGGCCAGUCUGCAGUUGAAAUUGUGCAUGGGAGUGACACCCAGAAGGAUGAUGUCAGCUAUGAUGUGUCGAUUUCAUUCCUCCAGUCACCUGUAUCUCAGGAUAUGGGGGUUGGAGCUCCUGCUUAUACCCAUCAGAGGGAAGAGGUCUUCCUCCAGGCCACCCUCCAUAGCCACGAUCUCAAUCUGAGGCUCAUUGUGGAUACCUGUGUGGCUUCUCCUAACUCCAAUGAUUUCACAACUGUCAAGUACGAUUUGAUCCAGGAAGGGUGCAUCAGAGACAAAUCCUACUCCAACCUCCAUGCCCCUGGGAAGAACGUGGCCCAGUUCAAGUUCAACGCCUUCAGCUUCCUCAAAAGCUACGAUGUGGUCUACCUGCAGUGUAAGGUUGCCGUUUGCCGAAUCGGGGACCACUCUCCGCGAUGCUCACAAGGCUGUACAAAACGAGGAAGGAGAGGCACAGGCUCUGCAGAGGUCAGGGAGGAACAAACUGAGCAUUUCCGAACAGUGGGGCCGCUGAAGAUCCACAGAGCAGAUAAUCAGAGCAAGGCCCUGGUGUGAUCGCUCUCACUCUCACGUGAGUGUGUCAGAAAACUGGAAGCAAGGUCU